AUGUCGAAUGUGGUUUCGGAGUUAGAACAGUUAGCAAAUACAAAUUUGAUAACGAUAAGAAUUAAAUGGUUAGAAGAGUCUUCUGAGAAUGAAGUAUCUCAAUUUCAUGACAUUAUACAUAACCAUAAGGGAUUUGUUACAUCUCGAGCAUUCAUAGAAGAUUAUGAGUAUCUAAGGGAUGAAGAGAGAUUAAAAGUGUUGGAAGAAAAUAAAGAAGUUUUCCUUUUCGAACAGGGUUCUAAAGAUCUAGAUAUCUCAUCGCCUGCUCUAUCUGAGGGAAAUUAUGAUUCUGUAAUUCAAGCACAGUUUAAAAAUUCAGAGACGUUGCAUACAGUCGCAUCCAUACUGCUCGACAAGACCAAAUCUCAAGAUGGUGUAACAAAUUGGUCGGUUUCUAUUAAUGAGCAUGCGUUAACUCAUCCAGGAAAUUUAUAUAUUAAAGGUAUUCCCAAAGAUCUGUCAAUAGAUGAUUUAGUGCCAGUAUUCUCUACUUUUGGGGACAUCAUCUCAAUGAAAAUCAUCCAAGACUCGAUUACAGGUAUCUCAUUAGGAUAUGGUUUCUUAUCCUAUAGGUUAGGCUCCCAAUCUUCUUCAUGCAUGAGUAAGCUUAAUGGUCAAAUUAUGAAUGGUUCUACCUUAUUUAUCAACUAUCAUGUCGAACGGAAAGAGAGAGAAAGAAUAUAUUGGGAUCACUUCAAAGAGAAUACUGAUUCUAAAAAGUUUAGAGGUGUCUUCAUCGGUAAUUUGCCAAUUGUGAACCCUAAUGACAAUGAACUAAUUACUCCAGAACAGGUUCUUUCUAAAUUUAAAGAAGAAUUAUCAAAAGAUAUUCCAGUUGAUGUUAUUAUCUCCUAUUAUUUCCCAAAACAAAAUAGUCAAUCGAAUUUAGAAUAUUCUGACACAGAGGAUGCUUCUAUUAAGUCACCUAAAAAUGAUGAUAACCUCAAUAGAGAGGGUGAUAAUGAAGAAACUUGUCCCUCUCAAUUUGAAGAUUGUCCAUUGAAAGGGUAUGGAUUUAUCAAGUUCUCAAACCAUGAAUAUGCAGUCUUAGCAAUUGAAAAGUUUAAAGAGUUUGAAUGGUUUGGCCAUAAAUUAACAGUAAAUAAAGCUAUUCAGAACAAACCACACCAUUCCGGUCAUAAUGAAAAAUUGAGCACAUCUGCAUCUACUAUGGUAUCAAAUCCAACUCCACCUUUAAAUAUUAAAAACUUUGGCAACCCAAACUUCAAUAAUUUUGGUACUUAUCAAUGUUAUUUCCCCUAUGGUAUUCCACCAUCUGCAAACUUACAAAGUUAUUAUGCUAAAUCUUCACCUUCUUCUUUGCCAAUGUCAUCUGAUAAUGAAAAUUCAUCUAUGGACUCAAUUGAGGCACACCAAAUUUCAAAUGGCGUAAUUAGAAAUGGUGAAUUUUUAGAUGGUUAUAACUGCUAUAAUAAUAUUCCUUUUACUAAUUCAUAUAUGAAUGGCACCCAUUCACUUUACAUGUUUAAUGGUCACUAUAAUUAUUAUCCAAAUUCAUACAAUAAUUCUAUGAAAUUUGGAUAUCCAAGACCAAUGAAAGAUCAACAAGAGUCAAAUAUAUAUAUAAAACAUAUACCAUUUUCAUGGAAAGACGAAGAUUUGUAUGAAUACUACAAGAAAUAUGGUGAAGUCAUUAGUGCUAAGGUUAUCACUGUAGGUGGAUCCAAAAAUAAGGAUUCGAAAUCUGAAUUGAAAGGUAGUGAUGCACCAGUUGGUACUUCAAAAGGAUACGGCUUUGUAUAUUUUAAGAACCCAAUCGAUGCAUCAAGAGCCAUCUUAGAAACAGAUAGAAGAAAAUUGGAUAAAGACCAUACCUUACAUGUGUCAUUCGCUCAAAAGAGGUCUAGAUCAAUUGAUGAUGAUUCAUACGAAGCUAAUGUCAACCAAAAUCAUAACAGUUCUUUUCAGAACAGUAAAAACGGCAAUUCAAGAAGAUUCUCAUAUAAUGAUUAUUCACCUAAUUAUUAUAAUAAUUAUCAGUAUAUGAAUAAUAUGAGACAACAACACAGACAUUCAAUAGGUCAUUUUUCACAAAAUACUCCCAACUAUAUUGCCAAUGCUACACAUUGGAAUAUGCAUAUGAUGCAGCCUGUUACUCCUAUUAAUCUUACAACUCCAGCUUUUAUUUCAAGGACAUCACCAAUAAGCAUGCCAUAUAUGCUACCUCAGCAGGCAGCAGUUAAUGGUAAAAUUGAUAAUAAUAAUAAUAAUAAUAAUAAUCAUAAUACUAAUUUAAAAUUACCACGUCAAGAAAAUGAUUGA